GCGCGGCCCGUUGUUAUGACGACACGGUCGUAAAUCCGCCAUCUUCCUGCGGCGCGUUGCGACAUGGAGGGCGCAAUGGCAGUGCGGGUGACGGCCGCUCAUACGGCAGAAGCCCGGGCCGAAGCCAGGAGGGAAGCGGGCGAGGGCGGGGUCGAGGCGGCGUCGUCGGCGGCCUUAGCCCCUGGCGGCUUCCUCGGCCUCCCGGCGCCCUUUAGCGAGGAAGAUGAGGACGAUGUGCACAGAUGUGGCCGCUGCCAGGCGGAGUUUACUGCUCUGGAGGACUUUGUUCAGCACAAGCUCCAGAAGGUCUGCCAGCGGGCUCCCCCGGAGGCCCUGCCUGCCACCCCUGCGGCCGCUGCGCUGCUGGGCCAGGAGGUGGUCCCGGCCGUGGCAAGCCCGGAGGAGCCCAUCACCUUGGCCCACAUUGUUGUGGAGGCAGCUGCUCUGACACCAGACAUCAGUCACACGCCUGAUAUUGACAGUGGACACAUCAAAGAAGUCAUUGUGGCUGCUGAGGUGGAUCCAGGCGACAGUGAGAUGGCAGAGGCCUCAGGCAGCCCCGAUCCUCAGGGGCCCGGGCUGGCCGGGCAGGGUGAGCAGGCCCAGCUCAAGCUGCUAGUGAACGAGGAUGGCCGCUACGUGUGUGCAUUGUGUCACAAGACCUUCAAGACGGGUAGCAUCCUCAAGGCCCACAUGGUCACCCACAGCAGUCGUAAGGACCACGAGUGCAAGCUGUGCGGGGCCUCCUUCCGGACCAAGGGUUCCCUCAUCCGGCACCACCGGCGGCACACAGAUGAGCGUCCCUAUAAAUGUGCCAAGUGUGGAAAGAGCUUCCGGGAGUCAGGUGCACUGACCCGGCACCUCAAGUCUCUCACCCCGUGCACUGAAAAAAUCCGGUUCACCAUGAGCAAGGAUGUGGUUGUUGGCAAAGAGGAGGCGCAUACAGGGUCCGGUGCCUCCGCCGUGGGGACCGUUACAUCAUCAUCGGUGAUAGGCGAGCCCAUGGAGACAUCACCCGUGAUUCAUCUGGUGACAGAUGCCAAGGGCACUGUCAUUCAUGAAGUCCAUGUCCAGAUGCAAGAGCUUCCCCUGGGCAUGAAAGCCCUAACCCCAGAGCCCCCUGCUCCCAAGGAGCUUCCCUGUUCCAGCGAGGACAGUCGGGAGAACCUGCUGCACCAGGCCAUGCAGAACUCUGGCAUUGUCCUUGAGCGGGUCACUGGGGAGGAGGGGCCCCUGGAACCAGUCCCUCCCGCUGCGUCCAGUGCCCAGCCCCUAGGAGAUGGUCCCCCAGAACUGCCGCUGCUGGAGGUGGAGCAGGUGGAGACACAGGUGGCCCAUGAAGCCUCAGCGGUAUCCAGGACCCACCUGUGCCCUCAGUGCAGUGAAACCUUCCCGACAGCUGCCACCCUAGAGGCCCACAAAAGGAGCCACGCAGGGCCGAAGCUGUUCACAUGUGUGCAGUGUGGCAAGGCCUUCCCCAAGGCCUACCUGCUCAAGAAGCACCAGGAGGUCCACGUGCACGAGCGCCGCUUCCGCUGUGGGGACUGUGGGAAGCUCUACAAGACCAUCGCUCACGUGCGCGGCCACCGGCGUGUCCAUUCAGAUGAGCGGCCCUACCCAUGUCCUGAGUGUGGCAAGCGCUACAAGACCAAGAAUGCCCAGCAGGUACACUUCCGGACACACCUGGAAGAGAAGCCGCACGUGUGCCCAUAUUGCAGCCGAGGCUUCCGGGAGAAGGGCUCACUGGUGCGGCAUGUUCGCCACCACACGGGCGAGAAACCCUUCAAGUGCUACAAGUGUGGCCGUGGCUUUGCCGAGCACGGCACGCUCAACCGGCACCUGCGCACUAAAGGGGGCUGCCUACUGGAGGUGGAGGAGCUGCUGGUGUCCGAAGAGAGCCCCACAGCAGCUGCCACUGUCCUUGAUGAAGACCCGCACACUGUGUUGGUUGAAUUCUCAUCCGUGGUGGCUGACACCCAGGAGUACAUCAUUGAGGCCACCACGGAUGAUACAGAGACCAGUGAAGCUACAGAGAUCAUCGAGGGCACCCAGACAGAGGUGGAUAGCCAUAUCAUGAAGGUGGUGCAGCAGAUCGUACACCAGGCCAGCGCCGGGCACCAAAUCAUUGUGCAGAAUGUGACCAUGGAUCAGGAGGCGGAGCUAGGUCCAGAAGCGGCUGCUGCAGACACCAUUACCAUUGCCACCCCGGAAAGCCUGACAGAGCAGGUGGCCAUGACACUGGCUUCAGCCAUCAGCGAGGGCACUGUGCUUACUGCCCGUGCGGGUGCAAAUGGCACUGAACAGGCUACUGUGACCAUGGUUUCAUCGGAGGACAUUGAGAUCCUGGAGCACGCGGGCGAGCUGGUUUGCCUCGGAGCAAUGGGACGGCCCCGGGCCCUACUGGCUGCGCUCUGGGCCCUGGGGGCUGCCGGGGCAGCAGCGCUGCGCAUUGGAGCCUUCAAUAUCCAGAGUUUUGGUGACAGCAAAGUGUUGGACUCAGACUGUGCCAGCGUCAUCGCACAAGUGAGGCGGGGCCUGGGCUGGGGCUGCUCUCUGGGCUCUGCGGGUGAAGCUGCCCUGCGUGACCCGCCCCUACGGUCCCCUCUCCAGAUCCUGGCUGGCUAUGACAUCACGCUCGUGCAGGAGGUGCGAGACCCGGACCUGAGCGCAGUGUCCGUGCUCAUGGAGCAGAUCAACAGCGUGUCUAGGCACCAGUACAGCUACGUGAGCAGUGAGCCCCUGGGGCGGGAUCAGUACAAGGAAAUGUACCUGUUCGUUUACAGGAAGGACGCGGUGUCGGUGGUAGACACGUACCAGUACCCGGACCCGGAGGACACCUUUAGUCGUGAACCUUUCGUGGUCAAAUUUUCAGCCCCCAGCUCCGCUGCCAAGGAGCUUGUGCUGGUCCCGCUGCACGCUGCGCCCCACCACGCAGUGGCGGAGAUCGAUGCUCUCUACGAUGUGUACCUGGACAUUAUCGACAAGUGGGGCACCGACGACAUGCUGUUCCUGGGCGACUUCAACGCGGACUGCAGCUACGUGAAGGAGCAGGACUGGGCGGCUAUCCGCCUGCGCAGCAGCGAAGUGUUCAAGUGGCUCAUCCCGGACAGCGCUGACACUACAGUGGGCAACUCGGACUGCGCCUACGACCGCAUUGUUGUCUGUGGUGCUCACCUGCGCAGGAGCCUGAAGCCCCAGUCGGCCACGGUGCACAACUUCCAGGAGGUGUUUGGCCUGGACCAGACUCAGGCCCUUGCCAUCAGUGACCAUUUUCCUGUGGAGGUGACCCUCAAGCCCCACUGACAGCUCCGAGGACUGGCCAGGGCAUGCUGCCUGCAGACUGGCUAUGAGGAACAGCUCCACAGGACUCAAGGUGGCUGGCUUGCCCUCAGCAAGGCUGCAGGGCAGGGGGAACUGGGCCUGGACAGGUGGCCAUUGACAUGUUACUGGAACAGUGAGCUGAUCCCCCCAUCUGUAAAUGGCCUACCACUACCUACCUCACAGGGGUGUGAGGAGCAACCCAGAGCACUGGGUGUGGCUCUGUUCAAUAAACAAGAGUGUUAAGCUAGGACCACAAACAGGUCAGCUUAGAGGC